GUCCAGUCGAGGGCCGCUAUCAGAUCUACUGGACGAAGCCAGUUGUAGUGCUGCGUAGAACCAUGGAUAGAAGAGCCGGCACAAGACUCUGUAUGACUCCACAAAGACUAUAAAAAGUGUUUGCUUUCUCCAUCAAACUCCUCACUCAAUCACCUCACUCAGCCUUCACCAGAUCAACUGAUGAUGGUGUUCGACUUCUUGGCCCGCAUGACAGCUAUACCUCUGCAGCAGAUUGACCGAGACCGUGCGCUUCUGCUUGGCCACAUAUUCCUAGAUCCUGAGCAUACAGCCACUCUUCUCGAUUCGUUUGCCGUACGGCUCUGUGAGCUCGACCCGCCCAUGAGCAUGAACGAAGUCGCAACAUUCUUCUGGUCCAACCUAUGACCUAUCCUGAUCAUAAACGGCGAACAGGUGUUCGGAAUGGAUGAUGUCUACGCUAAGAUGGAGAAGAGACGGUUGAGCUGGGUGAUGAGCAUUACAGAUGUCAUUUGGCUUCCUAUGGCCUGGGGUCUGUGGCAGCUGCAUGAGGGUAGGGAUGUAUGGAAGAGUUUGAAGAGGAGGACUGAGGAGGUGAUGCGGAUGCCGGCGCAUGUGCGAAGGAGACAAGACUCGAUGAAGAACGAGUAGACUUACCGGGUUAUGGUCAUCGACCUCGGAUCCCAUUAAGUUCGGGAAACGAG